AUGUUGCGGUCACCUACGUUUAUUACGGGCUUGCCCCUCCGUCGCUCACAUUGUACGACAUUAGCGCAAUCGGGUUGCGCGCGGGCACAGCGCCACCACUGCAGCACCCUCGGGCAGAUUCAGGCUGUGUUUAAGGCACUGCGCCAGGCGAAGGGUGUCCGAGGCGGUACCGUGAGACUUUGCAUUACUGAAGACAUGCGGGUAAUAGUAGAGCAUCAGCCGCUGUUGGAGGGCGGCGCGCAAACAUUUGUGCAGGAGGUUGCGGCGUGGCACGGCACUUUUUCCACGACCGUGCGGGAGGCUAUUGGACACCUGCAUCCCUCCGACGAGCUGCGUACGAGUACAUCUCCUCUGCAGCCCUCUCUGACGGCUCCUGUAUCACCAACUGGCGCCACCAUUGUCGAUCUUACCAGAGUGAAUUCUGACGAAAUCCGCUGCGUCAUGAUGUUUAUGGAUCAGAGAUACCCACAGCUGCGGCUGUUGCUGCGCCACACCAGUGGCCGAGACCUGCAGGGGACACAACUGCACACCGCCAGUGCUGAACUUGUGCCACGUGGGAUGGGAGUACUGGUGACGUCUCUCACUGCAGAGCUGCAGCGACUGACGGAGGUCUUCAAAGGCGAGGCGGUCGGCCAAAGCUACCUUGGAUGUGUGCGUCGCGCUCUCCGCGACGCCUUCUCUGCUGCGGGUCUUGUAUACCCAUCCAGCUCGAUGGGAACAACAACUGCCGUGUCGGUGCUGUCCCUCUACGCCGAGGCCUGGUCCUCUGAUGGCUUUUCCCUGCAUUUGGUUCCAGACGUGAGUCCAGACCAUGUGGAGUGCACUCUGCGCCAUGGCGCUACAGGAAAAUCGCUGGCGUCUACUGCUUUAGCCCUCACGAGUGAAGGGCUGCGCACAUUGCUGAAGUUCUGCGACGCCACGACAGCGGAGCACUACGCCGACCGUCACGCCUCUAUUCAGCAGCGCCUACGUAGUACGCCACUGCACCUUGUGUUGCCACGCAGUCAUCUACGCGUCAAACACCUCCUGCGCAGGCUUCUCCUGUACUACUAUGGCAUUGACGAAGAGGCGGUUGUUUUUCGAGCAGAGAUGCUGAGUGGCUCGAUGCAUAGGGUCCAGGUGCAGGUGCGUCUUGACUUGUCGAAUACCGUAAACAUUGACGACGGCUUCCUCGGCUUCUUUGUCCUCGGCAAGGCAACGGGCAGCUCCAAAAGCUCAACAGUGGAGCUCGCCACCGUGCAGGCGUUGCAGACUGUGUUUCCUGACGUGUUUGAGAGCGAGAUCGCCUACCAUCCAGAAGUGCGUGCUAUCCUGGAGAGCGACAGAGCCACUACCUCUGACGACGCCCCUCCGUCUCCAGGACAGGGACUAGAUAAUCAACUGCGCUGGGCACUUCAACGGCAGAACGCGUCUUUCAUUGUGGAGACAGUGAUGUUGAAACCAAACUCGACUCAUCCAGAGUGGGGUAUUACGACGGGCGCCAACUCGGUGUGGGUUUCUCAGCUGUAUAUUGUGCAGGGGACCACCAACGCGAACGCAACCGAUACAGCCAAAGCCGGUGCUGCGGCUAGUCAUGAGCUGUGUUGUUGCGCGUUUGAUGGUCGAAAGGCGCGCAGCGAGCAAAAGGUGAUGGCGGCCGCUCUUGCCCAGCGAUUCCCUGAUCUCUGUCGUCGAAGCGUGGAGCAGGCGCGGGAAAAACAUCUCAUCGACGCUAGCGGCACACCAGCACCGUGCGCCGGGGUGAGGGGGUUGCAAGACGCUAACGUGAACGUAUUCGCGGCGGCACUCUCGUCUGAUCCAUUUCUCAGGCUUCUUGACCCACGCAAGUGUGCCGAGCCGCAGCCACUUUCUGCGGUACACACUGCCGACUCCACCCUGGAGCGCUACUGGCGUGCAACCAAAGCAAAUGGCUCAUUUCUGGGGAGCAUUUGUGUGAUGCGUGAGGCGAGCCGCUCCGUUUACGUUGCGCGGUGCGUGAGGGCAGGGGAUGUGUGUGACGCGCAGGGGCGAGUGAUUGCCGUGGCCACGGGCUCCACCGAGAUCGGUGCACUGUUUGCUUUGCUGAGAAGCAUGCAGGAGCUCCCAGAGGUGGUCAGCCGGGAUACUUCCACCCUGGUUGCCAGUGAAUCCAGCUUGGUGGCGGAUCUGCCAUUGGUGUUACCAGAUGCAUCACCGUUGCAGACCUGUGCGCAGGCCAUCGCACGGCUCUACGGACUGCACUGCACCGUGUGUAUUCGCCUGGACGGACUCACGUAUGUGGCUGAAUUAUGGAGUAAGACUCCGGCAGAGAGCGCUUUAUUGGAGGCGCAUUCAAGGCUCUCGAAGAACCCGUUUGCAGCCGAUCGGGUCUUUUACCUUGGCCGAGGACACGCUAGCACGCCAUUCGUGGCUGCGAUACGCGCCGCCCAACAGGUGUUCGAGACGCACAUACGAGCGCACCAUCGCGCGUUCGACGAAGAGGUGCUGAUGCGGGGAAAGUUGAGGCUGCAGCCGGAUACUCAAGGGUGUCUUGUUUGUCUGUGUGACGCGGUGGUAGCAGAAAUCAAGUCCACGAGCGACCGCAUUGUCAGUGACAACUGGCUUCUCUUCACGUUCGAGCAUGAUCAGCUCAGCGACUUGUCCUUCCAUGUAGCAUCAGGGAAACGCUCUGUCGUGCUUGAGCAUGCUAUCAGCAAGGACUUGCUGAGCUGCGCGCGUGAACUAGCCAACCGUAUCAGUCACGAAACGAGUGACACAUUCCUCUCACCCGCACGCGUUUCCGGCGUAGACGCUCAGACGGCGGAGCAGCUAUUGUGCAAGCUCUGUCUGCAAGCCUACGGACUUACUCUGCAGACGGACACGUGCCAGAGAGGCCAGAUGUGGCACUGCCGGCUGAGCGUGCUCAUGUCAGACGAGAUAGCGUACUGCAUCGCGCAGGCAUCUGGACUUCGCAAGAGGGAUACCGUAGAGGCCGCUGCAGUGGCUGCGCUGCGGGAAUACUUCGUCGCAGAGUUGCCCCACAUUCACAUCUUUGCUACACUUCCCGCUGUUGCGGCGCUAGAAAGUCCUAACAACACCUCUGCCGAGACGCCGACGAAGUCGAGGUGCGAGACGUACGCGUUUCGCGUAUCGGAAACGGCGUCAGCAUUGGAAUCUUCGAGCGGCUCAUAA